AUGGAGGUGGUACUGAGCCCUGAGGAUCUUGAAGGAUAUCCCUCGCCCGGGGAUGCCGUCGUGUACACCAUCACUAUCACGAACGACGGUUCCUUGACCCUUCACGACGUGACGCCAGAUUCGCCGCAGGCACUCGCAUGGGCCUGCGAGUUAGCAGAAGGGGCAGCGCUAGUCCCUGGCGUAGAGACAAAGUGUGUGGGCCGCCUUGUUCUCACCCAAAACAACCUCGACGAAGCCCAGGUGGUGACGACUGUGACGAUCACAGCAACAGAUUCCGCAAACGAACUGGUUGAAGAUGACUUGUCAUCGACAGUGGAGCUGCCCACGAGUUCGUCCCUAUUAGUAGUUGAGACCUGUUCUUUCACCGGAAGCGAUGCCAACCGCGCCGAGGUGGGACAAGGCGUAGCCUAUACCUUCACGAUGAAGAACACGGGAUCGACGACUCUCACCGGACUUGACGUAAACAGCGUGUUCCUCGACCAAGCCCUGGAUAACGUGGCUUGUGGCGCUUCUUCUCUCUCGGAGCUGGCACGAGACGACACAAUCGUCUGCUCGAGCGUCUUGGACCACGCCAUCACUCAGGUUUCUGCGGUGGCAUCCGAUUCAACGAUGGUUUCUGAAGGGGUUUCUAUCUCCACUUGUGUGGACGGAAUCUCAUCUCUCUCACUCGGCAAAACUGUAGUCGGCGGUGGCUCAUGGGUCGAUAGCAACGGCGACGAAGACACCGACGCCGGUGAAGUAAUACUCUACCAGUUGCUCGUUGUCAACGUUGGCACGGUCACGCUCAACUCCGUUGUCUUGACGGAUGGAUCCGUCACCAGUGAAGGGGUUUCUUGCGAGUCGGGCAUUCCAGAUUCUCUGCUUCCUGGCGAGGGUUUCGAAUGCCAAGCGGAAUACACGAUUGUCCAAGACGAUGUUGACCGAGGCUUCGUUGUGAGUAAUGCAACUGUUACAGCUAUCAAUCCCAGCAAGGACAAGACCAACAAAACUUCUGAAGUAUCGACGGACCUUGUUCGACGGCCAGCGAUCAGUUUGGACACCGUGGGCUCUUGGGCGAACGCCGGGAAUGGGAGCGACGGCUUCGCGGAUGCCGGAGACACCGCUGUGUAUCGGUACACGAGUUCGGAACCUGGCCAGUCUGCCGGAUGUUCUGGUUUAUCUGUCCUCAACUGGGCGGCGAUUGAAGCCGGCGGACUUACCACUGUUUCAAGGGUUCACUCCGUUGACGCAACGUUGGGGCUUCCUGUUCCCUCGCAGACAACGGUAUCCAUCGACCUUCCCCCGCCUCCGUCUAUCCAACUCGAUAUGGUGGGGACAUUCGCCGAUGACAGCGCAGACGGGAUGCAGGGACUUGCGGACGUGGGGGAGAUGAUAAGCUACGUUUUCACGAUCACAAACAACGGGCAUGCAGUUUUAGAGGGGAUAACCCUGGCAGACGGGGGCACAAAUGCAGGCAUUUCGUCCACAACGACAUGCGGAGACACCGCGAUAGCGUCUAGAAACGCUUCUUCUAUCACCGUUGGUGGUACUCUGGCCGUGCGUGCGGUGAUCACGUGUAAUUCGAGCUAUGCUAUCACCGAGGACAACGUCAACGCGCUCGAGGUCUCGUCGGCGGCAUCGGUGACGGCCAGCGAUGUCAGCGGAAACGCGGUUGACGCAGCCGAUGCCACAGUCGUAUCCCUUGAUCAGAUAAACACUGGUACGAAGUCGGCAGGGGCACAGGUAACCGCGUGGUAUGAGGAUGAACCAGGGAAUUUGAGCGAAGAGACAAGCGACGGAACGGUGGUGGAUGUCGCCUUGAAGCAGGAUCCCUUGGCCGGUAUCACCAAAACCUUCGUCUUCACCCCUGCAAGGGAGGAUGGUAUGGCGUCCGUGGACGACACCAUCGCUUACACGAUCACUGCGUCCAACGACGGCAACGUCGAUCUUUCCGACAUCACCGUCACGGAUGAGAGAUUCCUGAACCCUCAAGGAGGAUUCGACAUGAACUGGGAGAGCGAUACUUCUUUUGGAAUGCUACCCGGGGCUGAGCUCCACUGCUACCCUACUACAGCCAUCACUCAGGCCGACAUCGAUGCAGGGGUCGUUGCGAGCAACGUCACCCACCCCGAUGCCGCAAUAGUCUGCACUCCUUCUCUACUCGGACUCAGCCUGGCUCCAGGCGCAGAGGUUUCGUGCUCCGCCUUCUACCCGGUUUCCCAGGAUGACGUGAAUGCCGGAGUCGUUAGCAGCGAAGCGACUAUUUCGGCUGACAGCCCCAUUGGCCCCAUCUCUGUGUCCAAUUCCUCAGAGCCUCAGAGUCUGGAACAGGUCGACGGGAUUGACAUCGGCGACGAGCUAUUCUGCCCGCUAGAGGGGCACACCUUCACGUGCACAGCGGUCGUUCACGUGACCCAGGAGAACAUGAACGAUGGUCAUGUCGAUCACGAUAUAGGGGUUACGGCUAAGACGGCCAUCGGGGACGAACCCUUGGACGAUCAAUACCGUCUGCAUGUUCCGCUAGAGGGAAAGUCUGCCUUCCUCAUCGAGCACAACUCGGAAUACUUGCCCGUGGAUGGAAUCGGAGCAGCCUCUGCCUUGGGGGAUGAGAUCACCUACACGCUAAAUAUUGACAACAACGGGACCGUUACCCUGUCGUCGGUGACACCCGUCAAUUCGAAGGUGGAGUUGACAUGCGAACCUGACGUGAACUCUGGAGCGAAGCUCGACGCUGGCGAGGGAGCGAUGUGCACUGGCACUUACAUUGUCACCCAAGACGACAUCGAUGCUGGAAAGAUCGUGUGUGCAGCUUCUGUUACGGCGACAGACCCAGACGGAGAGCUCAUCUUCCGCCAGACGAGGAUCUCACAACACGUCUCCCAAACCCCUCAACUUUCCGUUGUCCUCUCAAGUGUGCACACGGUGAAUUCAUUAGACGGGAAGACUCGGAAAGGUGAUACAGUUUUGUACACCACCCAAGUUUUCAACUCAGGCAACACCUGCCUGACUGAUGUCAAAAUUUCCGAACUACUUGUGGACGGAGGCUUGGACUGUGGGUCAGCCUCUAGCACACUCUGCCCCACGGACGAGGCGAUUUCUUGCACCGGAACCCACACGCUAACGCAAGCAAACGUGGACAGCGUCCACAUCAUCAAUACUGCUACGGCCACGGCUUCUCCGCUAUUUGCCAACACUAGCGACGAAAGCAACAUGAUUUCGGCGGGAGACGGCGACACAGUUUCGUGGCUGCUGUACCCUGCCAUCUCCGUUGGCUCACUGACGAGCGUUUCUUUGGAAGUUCUUCUCCUGGAAAGAAGUGGAACCAUCGUCGACUGCACGCCAUCCGUUACGGAAGCCCUAGUGCUUGCCCCAGGGGGCAUUGUGCUCUGCUCGGCCACGCUGGAGCUGACUCAGGACCAUAUUGACGGGGGGGCGCUGACUAGUGAGAUGUUCGCGCGGGGAGUGGCAAGCGACGGUCAGGCAGUGCUUGGCGAAGAUAGCGUGCAUCAAGAGCUCGUGCAAGACGUCGGUCUAUCCGUAGCCGAGAUUGGUGCAUUCAACGACGAGGAUGGCGAUGAGUUGGGAGAUGCGGGAGAGACAAUGUUCUAUACGGCCACAUUCCGAAACAUUGGGAACGUUCGAGUGGGGAACGUUAGGGUCUCCCACCUGCAGGGUCACAUCGCUGCUUUAGCCUGCGACAGCGGGUUCGAAGCGGUUACAUCGACAGAUGGGUUGGGGGAGCUCUUGCCUGGCAUCGAGUUCGGGUGCAGGGCGACAUACUCACUAACACAGGCGGACGUGGACGCCGCUGAGGUUGUGAACACGGCGUCGAUUUCUGGCGUUGCCCGAGAUACGAGCGGUACCGAGGUUGAAGCAGAAGAUUCCUGGAAGCAGGAAUACACUCAGCUAGCCAUGGCUCUCCUAAAUGUUGUUGGGGUAUUCCAUGACGUUGGAACGGUUGAUGACGAGGCAGAUAUCCACGACAAGAUGGAGUACACCGUCGAAAUUGCAAACACGGGGACCGUAACACUGACGGAUGUCGGUGUGACAGGAUCUCUCUUCGAGAACGAAGCUAUCCCUUGCCCUGGAGCGACGCUGGCGCCGGCGGAGUCAAUGGUCUGCAAUGCGAGCUACACGAUUACCAACACCGAUAUCGACCGCUAUGAGGUGGAAACAACAGCUGACGUGACGGCUUCAGGACCCUUUGCACAAGCCGUGGGUGACAGCGGGGUAUACCUCCAGCGACUCGACGCUCAACCCUCCGUGUCUCUCUUGAUGGAAGGCGUGCACGUUGAUUCGCAGAUCGACAGUACCGCUUCCGCCGAGUCGGACGGAAACAGCGUGGCUGAUGCUGGCGAGUACACCCGCUACACGAUGGUGGUCCGCAAUACAGGGAUGCUGACGGUGCACCAAAUCACCGUCGUAGAAAGCCUUGAAGGGGGCGAAGCAACCUGCCCGAAAAAUUACCUCGAGAUGGCCGAGAGCAUGGUGUGCAACGCGACGUACCCGCUCACGCAGGAGGACGUGGACAGAGGUGAUGUGACAAGCGUCACAACUCUUGAUGCAUUCGGCCCAACGAGGGAUGACGGCGAAGCUCGCUCGACCACCAGAGCGGAGGCUUCGUCGUGGGUCAAACUUCCGCAGGACCCUUCCAUUCUUGUAACAAAGGAGUGCGCUUGGCAGGAUGGGGCCGAACGCGACGGGUUGCCUGAUCCUGGAGAAGUGGUUGUUUUGAUCUAUACCGUCAGCAACACCGGGAGCGUUACGCUCACAGAUGGUUCCCUGCAACAAUCGACUGACCUUGGGCUACAAGUCGUCGAUUGCAUGAACGCCAUUCCCUCCGCUGGGAAUGUUGUUUGUACAUCGUCGAUAGAGAUCGGCCAGGCUGACAUUGAUGCCGGCACAGUCACCAGCACAGUGGAGAUCACUGCGUUGAGUCCGCUUGGCGAUAUGACGGGGAGCACAACGAACUGCUCUUGGGCAUGGGGAGUGCUGCCAGCGCAAGUGGACACCGUCAUAACCGGCCGCUUUGUCGACGGCGACGGCGAUGGUAUCGCUUCCGUCGGAGAAGGCACCGGGUACAACGUAACUAUUGUCAACAAUGGCAAGGUCACGGUUACCGUGGUUGAAGUGGACGCAACCGCGGUGGCCAGAGGCUCACCAUCUUCCGGCAACAGCGCCAGCGGGGUAACGAUCGUGUGCGAACCACUCCUGGACACGUCACCACUCCUUGCCCCUGGACAGAGUCUGGAAUGCACGGCAGAGAUCGAUAUCGAUCAGGAUGAUGUCAACCGUGGCGAGAUCGAGCUUGAGUUCGAGGUGACCGCUGACAACCCCGCGGGGGACGAGAGCACCGUCACCGACUCAUCUUCGAUCGAGCUUCCCGCUAAGUAUCGAAUUGCCUUAUCCCUGGAGGGCAGCAACACGACAUCGUCGGAUAGGGACGACGACGGGAAAUCAUCCUCCGGGGACGAAGUGACCUUCACGCUGACCGUAGCCAACCGAGGCAGCGUAGACCUGACUGGCGUAGAGGCUCAAGUCGCCGGCUUGGAAGGACUGGUGUGCCAGCAGUUCAUUCCGUCUACCGUCGGCCAACGACGCCUUUCUUGGGCCGAGACGAAUACCGACCAAGAUAUCUUCCCUCCGGACGAAGAAUACACGUGCACAGCAUCCCACAUCCUCACACAGGAUGAUGUUGACGCCGGAACCCUCUACAGGACAGCAAGCGUGUCAUCCCAAGCACGGGACCCAACUGGGACGCUCGUGGUAGCUGGCGCAGAAGAAACGCUGGCCCUGGUGGCGUACCCUGCAAUAGUUGUGGUGAUUGUGAGUGGGCACGCGUAG